AUGGCCUCUAAUAGUUCUGUACAACCAUCAAUUCCUCGCUCCAAUGGUCACUACGAUCAUUGGAUGACUGAUCGUUCAACCUUGGAGACCAUCCUUUGCAAAGAUACAUCAAAGGAUAUUUGGGAUUCGAUGAAAAAGAAAUUUUGGGGAUCAAUUAGAGCAAGGAGGCAGCAGCUUCAGGCACUUCGCUCAGAGUUUGAACUUCAUCGGAUGCAAUCUGGGGAGACCAUUUCUGACUUCUUCUCAAGAAUGAUGGUUAUUAUUAGCAAGAUGAGAACAUUUGGAGAAAAAUUAGAGGAUGUGGUUAUAGUCGAAAAAAUUCUUUGCUCAUUAACACCAAAGUUUAAUUACAUGGUAUGUUCCAUUGAGGAAUCAAAAGAUAUUGAUUUUUUAUCCAUUGAUGAAUUGCAAGGUUCUUUGCUGGUUCAUGAAAUAAAAUUACAACAGCAAGAUAAUGCAGAAUUAGCAUUGAAAGUUUCAUCAGAUCAUUUGGUUAAAGGCAAUGGAGGACGCAGAUCGAAUGGCCACAAUGACAAAAGUUGA